AUGUCCUCGUCAGAUGAAGAGAUAGUGCGUCGUCCGGGACGCUCAGGUCGGGGUCAGAGUCCAGCUGGGAGCGAACACAGCAAUACCCCAGCCGCAGACAACAUGGACCUAGACCAACCGAAUGGUGACGACGACGCAGAUCUCUUUGGCUCAGAUGGAGAUGAAGGAGGACUGGAAGAACUGGCAGAGGAUGAUCAACCCCAGCGAAGACUCGACGAUGAACAAUUGAAUUCCGGCGACGACGAGGGCCGUUAUGAUCGAACGGAAGAUCGUAUGGAUUACGAGGGUCCAGGGGAAGGGGAGUUUGGAGAGACCGUCAACAUUAUGGACCUGGGCUUAGGUCGAGCGCCAGAGCCAGCGACCACAAAUGGAGAGGUCUACACUAUGCCCGUUCCCACCUUCUUAUCCUUUGAAACAGAAGAGUUCAACCCCGAGACCUAUGUUGCGCCUCCGUACGCUACAGCAGCCACAUCACUUUGCUGGCGCCAUGACCCGAACGAUGACUCUCUCCUCCAAUCCAACGCUCGCGUUAUCCGAUGGGAAGAUGGAUCAAUGACGCUUCAACUCGCUUCAGCCCCCAAGGAACAGUACAGGAUAUCAACCAAAGCACUUGCACCUCUUGACCGAUCUGGCAACUAUGACACGAAGUUGGAUUCUCACGUCUAUUUGGGUGCGGCCGCGGAAACUUCCUCUGUUUUCCGGUUGACUUCGCACUUGACACAUGGUCUCACUGUUCUCCCGACAACAAUGGAAACGGAUGAUGCCGUCCAGCGACUUCAAGAAUCGCUGGCUGCGGCAACCCGCGGCGGCAAGAAGACCGCAGACGGAUCGGCACCGGUCAUCGAAGUCAAGGAAGACCCCGAACUGGCCAAGCGACAGGCUGAGCUGGCAGAACGUGAGAAACUGAAGGCAGCUCGCCGGCGCCAGCAACUCGCAGAUCGCGAAAUGGAUCGCGGCCGCCGGGCUGGCGUGCCCCGCACCGGAGGAGCUGGCCUUACCGUGGGCGGAUUGGAAGAUGACGACGGCCUUCUCACCACACGACCACGCACGAAGGCAACUCGCAAACCGAACCGUCGCGGUGAGAUCCACACGGAUGAUGAGGACUAUGGCCGCCGGGGUCGGACCCGCGAGGAUGAAUAUGACGAAGACGACGGGUUCCUCGUCGGUAGUGAUGAAGAGCCCGAAAUCGGCGACGAUGACGAUGAGGAAGAAGUGCUGGGCGAGGAAGAGGACGCCGAUGCUGAAGCAGAUGAAGACACUGCCGCGUCAGAAAGGCCAGCUGCUAAACCCAGACGUGCAUCACCGGAGGCACCAGCAGGCGAGGCGUUGUCUCGAAAGAAGAACCGUUACAUUGUGGAUGAUGAGGAGGAAGAAUGA